AUGGUUCACGAAGUAGAAAACAACAAGAGUGUCAUGAUUGAGGCAAGAGAUGAUGCUCAAUUGGAAACUCUUGGCUAUAAACCCGUUCUACAUCGAACAUACAAUCUCUUUGAGAAUUUCUCAACAUCAUUCGCUGCUUUGUACUUUGUUGGAGGUGUGAGAGUCACUUACACCACCGGAAUCGCCUCUGGAGGACCAUUAGCUUAUUGGACGAGUUAUCUCGUGACAUGCUUCUUCACAUUUAUUACUGCAGCAGUAAUAGCAGAAGUUUGUUCUGCAUCUCCCUCUGCUGGUUCCAUUUAUCUUUGGGCAGCUGAAGCUGGAGGCCCCAAGUAUGGUCGACUUCUAGGAUUUGUAGUUGCUUGGUGGAGUACUACUGCUUGGAUGACAUUUUGUGCGAGCAAUACCCAAGGAGCAGCAAAUUACAUGCUUUCGGAACUCGUUGUCUUCAAUGUGGACUUUCCAACGGAUACCAGCGAUAUUAAGUUCCGAGCAGUUCAAUGGAUUUGUACUGAAGUCCUUCUUGCAUUAGCCGCAAUCCUUAAUUUCCUACCACCUCGUCUUUUCAAGUAUGUUUUCUGGAUCUCGAGCUUUUUGGUCAUGCUUGACUUUGUUCUCAACAUCAUCUGGUUACCAAUUGGAGCUGCCAGGACCAUUGGUUUCCGUACUGCAGAAGAGGCAUUUAUGACAACGUACAAUGGAACUGGGGCACCCGCUGGGUGGAAUUGGUGUCUAUCCUAUCUUGCUACCGCAGGUAUCCUUAUCGGAUUUGACGCAUCUGGACAUGUCGCCGAGGAAACCAAAAACGCUUCAAUCACAGCCGCUAGAGGUAUCUUUUGGAGUGUAAUUGUGAGUGGGAUCGGAGGAUUUGCGACAAUCAUCCUGUUUCUGUUCUGCACACCUGAUCCGGAAACUUUAUUCUCUUACGGUUCGCCUCAACCGUUCGUACCUCUUUAUGCUGUCGUUUUAGGACAGGGUGGCCACGUCUUUAUGAACAUUAUUGCAGUAGUCGCACUUUGGUUCAACACAGCAAUUGCCAUUGUAGCCGCAUCUCGACUAGUCUUCGCAGUAGCUCGUGAUGGUGUUCUUCCAUACUCGGGGUGGGUAUCACGGGUAUCUCCCGAAGGUCAACCUCGCAAUGCUGUCCUCGUCAUCUGGGGUUGCGCCUCAAUUGUGACCUGCACAAUCUUACCAUCUGCCGUCGCAUUCACAUCUCUUAUUUCUGCUGCUGGUGUUCCUUCGGCGGCCGCAUAUGGACUCAUUGCUUUUGGAAGACUUUUCCUAACACCACAUUCAUUUCCCAAGCCAAGGUGGAGUUUGGGUAGAUGGAGCAGACCAUUUCAAUUCAUCUCGAUCUUUUGGAACGGUUGGGUUGUGGCAAUUCUUUUCAGCCCUUAUGAGUUCCCUGUCACUGGGGCCACCUUGAAUUACGCGCCAAUCAUCAUGGCAGGAGUAACAAUCUUAGCCCUCAUAUCCUGGUGGUUCACCCCCGUAGGAGCAUGGCUUCCCCGAGAACGCAUAUCACAUUUCGUGGAAAGUGAAGGAGUGCCAGCAGAAGGGCUCCGACAAGAAUCCGAUGAACAAUCUCCGGUACCCGAGAUAGAAGGGGAUGCGAUCCCAGCUAAUUAUUCUGAGAAGUGA